AUGCUGGAAAUUACUUUGGCCUUGAUACUGCUGAUAGUGGGCCUCUUCUAUGUGUUCAUGACAUGGAAUUUCGGCUACUGGCGGAAGCGAGGUGUCCCCGGUCCCAAGCCCAAGAUCUUCACAGGCAACUAUCCGAGCAUGUACACACAGAAGCAACAUACGAUCUACGACCUUGAUGCCAUAUAUCGUCAGUAUAGAGAUCAAUUUGAUGCAGUGGGCAUCUAUGGAGGGAGAAGCUCUCAGUUACUAGUGGUCAGUCCAGAAUUGGCACGACGCGUCUUUGUGUCGGACUUUAAACAUUUCCAUGACAACGAACUCUCGCUAAUGGUGGAUGAGAAGUCGGACUUUAUAUUUGCCAACAAUCCAUUCACUUUGGUCGGAGAAGAGUGGAAAAAACGACGAGCUGACGUCACUCCCGGACUAACUCAGAGUCGAAUCAAGUCUGUCUAUCCGGUCACCAAUGAGGUCUGCAUGAAGAUGAGCGAGUGGCUGAACAAGCAGCUACGUCUCGGUGCACCCGAGGGAAUCAAUGCCAAGGAUAUGUGUCUGCGCUUCACCUCCGAAAUGGUCACGGAUUGUGUGCUGGGUUUGAAAGCGGAAAGUUUCUCUGAUAAUCCCACACCCAUUAUGGGGCACAUCAAGAAUCUCUUCACACUGACCUGGACAUUUAUGGUCUACUUUAUUCUAAUUAGCACCUUCCCAGCGCUGAGGAGCUUCUUCAAAGCGCGUUUUAUUCCUAUCCAGACAGAAAAAUUCUUCAUUAGUCUGAUGCAGAAUGCAAUUGAUGGCCGCCAAGCCCAACUGGCUGCUGGCCAGCAAUUCGAACGUGUGGACUUCCUGGACUACAUUCUUCAACUGGCUAAGAAGAGGAAUUUGGAUACACCUCAUUUAACUGCCCACACAAUGACCUUCCUGCUGGAUGGCUUCGAAACGACAGCUGGAGUUUUGAGCCAUCUCCUAUUGCUACUUGGACGAGAUGCGCAGGUACAGCAGCGUCUGCGAGAUGAAAUAAAAUCCUAUAUUAAUGAACAGGGCAUCAUCGAGUUUGACAAAUUAAACGAGUUGCCCCUUCUGGAUGCUUGUAUAAUGGAAUCCAUACGUAUGUUUCCUCCCGCCUUUAUGUCCAACAAGAUUUGUACCGAGCCAAUAGAGCUGCCUAACAAGAAUGGAGAGAACUAUAUUGUGGAACGCGGAACCGCUGUCAUUGUGCCCCAUUAUUGCUUCAUGAUGGACGAGGAGCAUUUUCCCAAUCCCGAAGAGUUCCAGCCCGAUCGCUUCCUUCAGUCCGAUGCCGUCAAAAUGUAUCGGGAACGAGGCGUCUUCAUGGGUUUUGGCGAUGGACCACGCGUUUGCAUAGGCAUGCGGUUUGCUCUGGCCCAGAUAAAGGCGGCUGUCGUCGAAGUGCUAACCAAAUUUGACAUUCAUGUCAACCCCAAGACCCGCAAGGACAACUUAUUUGAGCCGACAGCUUUUAUCACCACUCUCAAGGGCGGCAUUUGGUUGGACUUUAAGAAGCGACAGUAAAACAACUUGAGCUACCUUGUCUUUUCUCUCAGUGUUGACUAACUACAAAAUAAUAAAAUGGGCAACUUUUAAGCUAACUAA